GCGCGGGUAGGCUUUCCGGCCGGGCAGGGAGGGGCCAAGCGCCCUCAUGGAGACGGGGAUGAGCGGCCCCGAGGAGUACGCAGGUGCGAGCCCCGUGCCCAGUCCGGGCUCCCCCGGCUUUGACGAGCCACCACAAAAAAGACAAAGAACUGUAGAAGACUUCAAUCAAUUCUGUACCUUUGUGCUGGCCUACGCUGGCUACAUCCCAUACCCAAAGGAGAAUGAGCCUUGGCUCCAUAGAGGCAACAUGAGUCCCCAGAACAGCACAGGCAGCACUCAAGACAGUGACAGCUGGCCCUCCUCCCAGUCCUGUGACUCCCAGGUGCUGUCAGAUGAUGGAGAGAGAAGGAACGCUACAUGCAAGGGGGCUGGAGGCCUGCUCCUCAACCACUCCGACAUGUCCAGCAGCUUCUGCACAAGCCGCCCCCAGCAAAUAAAGAGGAGGAAGCAGGCGGCAAAGAAACUCAUCUUAGACCCAGAGCUGGACAAAAGGGUGAUAUCAAUGAGCACAAAGGACAUUAAGCAGGAAAGGAUCGAACCAGGAGAAGAGAUUCAUGGGAAAGCAAAGGUGCUUGAAUCCUGUCUGCCAAGGGAAGAGCUCCAGUCCAAAUCUCUCCUUGAGCAAUACAUAAAGGAUAAAGACUGGAUCCAUGGGGUGCAAGCAGCUGAGAAGCCUGAGGAGCAGGACAUGUGCAACGAUGAAAAAGUCAGCCCUUCCUGUUGGAACACCUUAGAGCAGAGCAGUGAGGAAGAACUCAAUAGAGAGGACUCCCGGCUCAGUACUUUAGGUGAGGACUUUUCUGCAGCUUCAGACACCAAAUCAGAUGAUGAUGAUGCCUGGGAUCUCAUCACUUGCUUCUGCUUAAAGCCAUUUGCUGGGAGACCUAUGAUAGAGUGCAAUGAAUGUGCCACUUGGAUCCACCUCUCCUGUGCCAAGAUACGUAAAUCCAAUGUGCCUGACAUCUUUAUCUGCCAACGAUGCCGUGAUGCAAAGCAGGAGAUUCGCCGCUCAAACAGAGCCCGGACCAUCCCCCGCAAGCGUUUCUGUGACUGACUAUGGCUUGGCGAAUGGAUGGGUUCCCUUUAAACUUGGACUGGAUCCCUGUUGGCAAGACAAUCAAAAUGCAAGAACUUCCCUGGGAAAUACAUGAGGACCCACUAUGCUUCCAAGACUGAAAUGUGUGUCUUACUCAAGAGUUUGCGGGAUGGAGGGGGACAUGUCUUCUCCAAAGGGCCUGUAAACUGUGCUGUUGAGAUCUCAGGGUUACACUAGAGCAGCAAAUGCAAAGGUGCCUGGCAGACACGAGUGACUGGUUUGAUGAAUUCCAGGGCACAAUGCACUAAGUCAGCCAGAAGUCUCUUUGCCUUGUGCAGGAUAGGGAUCGGUGCCUUUCCUCAGCAACCUAGUGGGAGUUGGCCCAAACUCCUUUUGUGCUACAACAGCUGCUCCCUUAAAUUCGUAAAGUUAUGCCCCCAGUGGUAUUUUUGUUUUUCCUUUGCCCUAAACCUGAACUACCCCUUAGGAAAUUAGCUGGGAAACUUCUGGAACCCUUUCAGUACAGUAAAGCACAUAUUAAACAGGGCAGUUAUCCUCCUGUGCACAAUCUGUCUUACAGCUAUAAUAGCAAGGCGGCAUUCUUCGUUAGCGUGAAGAGCAACGUGGGGCAAAACCCCUGUACUGUGGUCACGGCUCCCAGUUCUUGUAAUGAGACUGUGCUAUUCCAGUCUUUAGUCAGGCUAGUCACUAAUUGGGGAAGUGGUGGCAAUAUUCAGUUAAUGUAAAUAUUUUGUAUACUGAUUACUAGAAAAUGUCUGGCUGUACUUAUUCCACACUCACCCACCGAAGACUUCCAGUUGCACUAGUAUCUUUUUUGAAGGGAAUGCAGGAGUUGUGGGAAGAGGGGGACAUCCUACACAAGUUUAGACAGGAAAAAAAAGUCCUACAACUCAGUUUUCCCUUCUGUCUAAACAUGCAUAGGAUUGUGCCUCAAACUUGCUGAUGGUAGAGGUGAUGGUGACGGCUUACAGGGGAAGGUAACCACUUUUGAUCCAGGGGCUGGAUUAUACCCUUGGACCAACCCAGGAAGCCGCAUUAUGUCAAGGCGGUGCACCCCACCCUGAAGCCCCACCCAUCUCAUUUUUAAAAAACCCUCCUGCAGAGAGAGGCACCGAGAGAGGAACUUGAUCAGCCCCUGCAGGAGUCUGGUCCUGCAAGCUCUGGCUGAGCCAGGCUGCUCCUUCCUGCACCGCUCAUGUCCUGGUUGGGGUGCAAACGGUGAGGGAAAUGACUCCGCAAGUGCUUGCAGAAGCCGGCUGCUGGCCAAGUGGCACAGGGGUAUCCCCAGCCUCUAAUCGGAAAUAAGAGAGAACUAGAGCUGCGCUGAAGAAGCAGAUUGGGUCCUGCUUUUAUUUUCAAGCUGCUCUCUCAUUGCUAAGGAUAUUUCACCUAGGUUGCCAUGGGUGGAAUUUGGGGGAUGCUAAAGGAAAGUGAUCUGCCCACUAUGCAAAAUACUUCUUUUUGUUCUUGGGGGGUAAAUCAUGCCAGCAAACUGAUGAUUGUUUUUGGAGAGAAGACUGGUCUAUUUGCACUCUAUACCUAGUCUGCAGAGCCUCUUCCAUUUGACCCAUGUGCCUUUAUCUCAUCUGAUACACACACCACCACAUCUUUGGCCGUGCUUGUACCUACAACCCUAUUUUCAUUGUACAAGGGGGUCUGCAGUGGCUUGAGAUGGGUCUUGCCCUAUUUAAGACUGCUCAGUCCUCAUGCUAUAGAAAGAAUUUAGGGGGUGACCCCAUGAUUCAAUCAAUAGCCCUCUGCCCCCUUAAAGUGUUUACACUUUUAUAGAUAGUCACUUUCUAUUACAGAUGUAAAGUAGUAUAUUCUAGUCCUUGCCCUAUGCUGAGUGUCUGGAGUGAUAUGUAUAGAAUAAAAAAUACUUUUAA